AUAUUUUCACCUCUCAAAAAACACUCCUCCCCAAAAUUCAAAUUUCCAUUUUCAUCUUCCUCAAGCUUUUCUGAAGCUCUCUCUUGGUUUCUCUUCCAGGUAAUGGGGACGUUGGGGAGAUCUACAGCCCUAGGUAGUGGUUCGGGUGGUUCCGGGUCGGUUUCGGGUUCCGGAGCGGCUAGGUUUGAGGCCGCGGAGGAGAAGGCGAAGGUUGAUGACUCCGGCGGGAGGGGAGGGUCCGGCGGAGAGCUGGUUAGGUCGUUUGUGGAGCUGGUUAAGACUGUGGAGGCGAAAGUCUCGGCGGGGUUGAGUUUCGGGGAGCUGGAUACGUGUAUGUUGAGAGGGAGUGAGAGUGUUGGAGAGAUGGAGUCUGGUUUGGGGGAUGAGAGGAGAGUGGUGAGUAUUGGUUCGAAGACGAAUUCGGAUGCGAAUGUUAAUGGGAAUUGUUGCAGCGAAACCAAGGCUAGUUCUGGUGUGGACGGCGGUGUUGAGGAGAAUGGGAAUUCUUGUGAUGUUACCAAGGCUGAUUCUGGUGUGAACGAUGGGGUUGAGGAUAAUGGGAAUUCUUGUGAUGUUACUAAGGCCGAUUCUGGUGUGAACAACGGGGUUGAGGAGAAUGGGAAGUCUUUGGAUGAAAUUGGAGAAACUGAGGUGAUUGAGGUUCCCGUUGCAGGGACGAGUGAGAGUGGUGAAGACCGGGAAGGAGAAGAGGUGGGUGACGGAGUAUAUGAGUUCUGUAUUGGAGAUUUUGUGUGGGGUAAGAUUAAGAACCACCCGUGGUGGCCGGGCCAGAUUUGUGAUCCUUCAGAUGCUUCUGAGCAUGCAGCGAAAUUGAAAUCCAAGGACAAACUUCUUGUUGCUUACUUUGGGGAUGACACUUUUGCCUGGUGCCAUCCGUCGCAGUUGAAACCCUUUGAGGAAUAUUUCGUGGAGAAGUCUAAGCUGAGUAGCUCCAGUGUUUUUGUUAUUGCUGUGCAGCAGGCUGUGGAUGAGAUUGGUAGGCUUGUGAAGUUGAAGAUGAGUUGUGCUUGCAUGGGGGAAGAGUUUAUAAGCAGUUGUAACCGACCCUUAGCAUCGAAUGCUGGAGUUAAGGAAGGAGUUGUUGUCCCUGAAGGCCGAGUUGGGAAGUUUUUUGGUCAUCUAUCUCAGCCGGUUGACCUUCUUGCUGAAUUGAAACAUAUUGCACAAGUUGCUUCCUUGACUAGUGCUCUUGAGCUCAAUGUAUUAAAGAGUCUGCUGUCUUCCUUCUAUUUUUCGAAAGGGGGCUAUCAGUUACCUGUUUACAGUGAACCGCAGCUCAUUCUUGGUCUUGAAGAUGAGCGGAAGAUGGUGGAAGUCCUAGUGCAGUGGUCAUCUGAUGACAUGCCGUCUUCUCCCAUAGGCUCCAAUACUGGAAAUGCUGAACAAGUUUUGUUGCAAAGGUCACCACCAAGUAUAGAAAAUAGGCAGCCCCAGAAAAGGAAGGAGAAGAGCAUUGCUGAUCUUCUUGGAGCAGCCAAUGGUGUUGAGGGUAAAAGCAUGGAUGUGGUUGUAGCUGAAGAAGGUACAAGCUCAGAGAAACGAGGGGUAUCAUCCAGUCAGAAGAAGCAGAAAAGUAGUGAUAUUCAUGGUGAGGGUAUAUUGAUUCUCAAAUCAGGUGAGGAAAGAGGCAAAUUCUCAGAGUCUCCCAUAAGCACUAAGAAGGCUCCAUUGGCAAGGAGAAGGAAAAAAGAUGAAGGUAUUGGAUUCAACAGUAGUGAUGGUUUGGCUAAAGAAAGUGCUGGUGAAGAGGAAGAAAGUAAGAAGACUCCACUGUCAAGGAGAAGGAAGAGGGAUGAAUGUGUUAGCACUGACGGUAAAGAUAGUGAUGCCCUAGAAAAAGCUGGUGGAACGGAUGAAACUAAGAAGGCUCCCUUGUCAAGGAGAAGGAAGAAGAAUGAAGAUACUCACAUCAACAGUAAUGAUGGUGAGGCCAAUGUUGGUCUGCAAACAGACAUGAAGGACCAAAUUGAUAAGGGCUCUUUGUCGAGGGAAAGAAAAAAAGCAAGUACUUGUCACCACCCUUCACAAUAA